GUUAGCGGCGCCUCCUGGCACGAAGUGCCCUAAAAUGGCCCCCGGGGGCUGGGGGUGUGCCUGGCGGCUACUGUGUGUUUAACUAGGUUUCCUAUGCCCUCUCCUGUGGCACCUUGUUCAGAGGGAAGCGUGUGGCACCUAGCACUACUGAGGAGGUAUGUGGGCACUGCAUGAGUCCUUUAAACUCCCCUUCAAGUGAUACGCCCUGAAGUGGCCUAGCUGUGAGGGCAGGGGCCUGGCUGUCUUCUGUUACCUCUAGUCUCCCUGAAUGCCUUAAUGAACAGGCUCUGCCGAGGUUUACAUGGCCAUAAAUUAAAAUGUGCAAUGAUGCCCCAGAUAGAUGGUACAUUGGAAACAAAUGCCUUGCUUCUUGUCUUGGCAAUGGGAAACUUUAUGAAGGAACAAUAACGCCUAUUGAAAAGGACAAGGAUGAGAAAUCAUUUGCUGUUGUAUCGUUCUUGGAGUCUGAAGAAAGGAAAAUACUAAUAGCUAAACUUCAUAGUCUAAGCCAGAAAAGGUCCCUGGAACUUCCAUCUCCUGCAGUUGCUUUUAAUUUAUCUGAGAAUGGGGAUUGUAUCCUGUAUAUGAUUAACAGAUAUCUGUGUGAUUAUCAAAGGGAAGGAGCCCAAUUCCUGUAUGGACACUAUGUUAAUAAAAGGGGAUGUGUUCUUGGAGAUGAUAUGGGCCUUGGAAAAACAACAGUGUGGUUUUUUUUUUUUUUCUUUAAUGGUUACAUUGAGAGAAUGGAUUCUUUCUUUAGGAGUAAGUUAUCUGUGAGAUGUAAAAAAAAAAAAUAAAGUAUUUAAGAACGGCCACCUCAGCAGAGCCUAGCCUCCCUUUUGUGGUGGGGAAUUGGAGAAGGCAGAAUGUGAUCAUUCAGGACUGUACUUAGAGCCAAGAGCCAUUGCUGAUUUAAGACCCACUCCUUACAGGCUGCAAAACUGAGAUGUGGUCCCUCUUACUAUAAGGCUGGGUGGUUAUAAUAGUUAGUGUUACUGUUCAUUUUAUAUUGAAUGUAUUUUGAGGAUCGUUAUUUGGGCAUAAUGAAAGUAAUUCACAUUAGAGUAUGUUAAAAGUACUUUACACCUCUUACCUGACCAUAGCAGUUAAAAUAUCUUGCUUUUUUCCUGAAAACAAAUAGUUUGACUCUACUAGGAAAUAAAAAAAAAAAAAAAGCUGCAUGUACUCCCAUCUCUACAAAAAGCGUUAAGAUUUUUCCAUGUUAUUAUCACUCUAUUGGAAAUAUAACUUACAUUGAUGAAAGGUCAGAGUAAUAGCUGGGUUUUUCUAUUAUGCUUUGAAUUGGUGUAACUGAAUCAUUCAUUUAUUUUACUAAAGGUAGGGUGUUUUUAGGUUUGAAAUAAUUCUCUUUAAUCAGGCUUUUUUUUAAAGUCUGCAUCUUGAAUCCUAAGUUGCCCUGUUUUUGUCUUUGACGUUUGUGUGCGUCAAGCUCAUUCCUCCACUGACAAAUGCUGGCUGAAGACUCUGUUUUCCUUCUGUUCGGGAGAAUAUUGACAAACACUCUUCAGUGUGAAAAAAGUUUUAUUCUCUUGUGAAGUUUGCUACAGAAUAAAUUAAACUGGCAAAACUUCUCUGGACAGAGUGUUUAGAGGUGUAUCAUGGAUAUGUGUAGCUAAUGAUGAUCUGUUCAGAUGUUAAUUACAACUGAACUGCCUUUAUUUGCCUUGUGUUUUACCUGAUCUUGGCCACAUUUCUUGUCCAUGGCAGUUUAAGAACUUGGUAAAUAUGCAAGUGUAUUAGUACUCAGAAUUGCAAUUAUCUUAAUUCAGUGUAAUAAAAAUAUGAGAUAGUAGCAAAUUGAAAAAAGUAAUUUGAAUUGUCUUGCUUCUCUUGUGUUUUCUGAAUCUCAGAGCUGAUUUUUGUAACGGCCC